AAAAUUUAUGAUAAGGGUACUUUCUAAUUAGAUUUUAAAAACUGCACAAAAAAAGAGAUGGAAUUUCUACACUGGAACCUACACGGAAUACCUACACAGGAAAAGCCCUUCAUAGGGCUUUUUUAUUCUCCCACUUGGCCGUUUCUAGCAAUCCUAGGCCAUCUGUCAACUCUGAUCCCAUCCAGGGUCUGCCAUUAAAGUUUAGCGAGUAGGCUGAUUAGCAUCACAGCCAUCUGUGUGGAUUGUGCUCAUCUCAACUGAGUCAUGGAUGAGUCAUGGGAGUGCCUGUCCCCUCUUCUACAUCCCGCCGUAGCCGCCGGCGUCAAGGAGUUUAAUUUUCCCAAGAUGACGGCCGUACAGGCUGCUUGUGUCCCUAAUAUGUUGUCCCACUAUGAGGUGGUUGCCGAGGCUGUCACAGGUAGUGGUAAAACUCUAGCGUUUUUGGUACCAACUCUUCAAAUUAUACUUCAAAGAGAAUACCCCAUCAAAAAGUACGAGGUUUAUGCUAUGAUUUUGUCACCAUCGCGAGAGUUGGCCUCGCAGAUCCACGGUGUUCUUCAGGUUUUGCUGAAACACUGCAAAGAAGUGUCGUCGUUGUUACUCGUAGGUGGAGGAGCUGUGUCUGAAGACGUUGCAAAGUUUGAAAGUAAUGGCGGUCACAUCAUCGUCGGCACGCCUGGAAGAAUUGAGGAUAUCUUCAACAGAUGUGAAUCUGGUAGCACGAGCUUGAAACUUGCUUGCAGGGCGUUGGAAAUCUUAAUAUUAGACGAAGCUGAUAAACUCUUAGAAGUUGGCUUUACCGAAACAAUCAGCACAAUUCUUGCAUGCCUUCCCAAGCAGAGAAGAACCGGGCUUUUUUCUGCCACUCAAACUUCAGACAAGGUUAAACUGAUUAGGGCUGGCCUUAGAAAGCCCCGUCGGAUUAGGGUGAUGCAAUCUCCACAGCAAUGAUCCAGACCUAAAUGAAGACUAUAACAUGUGUAUGAAGUACAAGAAAAGGAAAGUUUCUGAUGAAGAAAUUGAAAAGUUCUUUGGCUGUGGCUCAGACGGUGGGAAAAAUGCUUAGUUCACUACGGCUGCUCAAGCACUCGUUUUCCUCUUGCAAUGCUUCAUCUGUGUAUGCAUCAGGCAAUGAACUCUGGGAAAAUCAAAUUCCGCACAAUUUGUUGUGAGAUUUAUUCUUAUUUGCUCCUCAAAUAUCAGCAGUCUUGUUAAAUUCCCUUUUUUGGUUCACUGUUUUCUAUAGUAGCCAACCAACCCUUGUUUGUCCUUUCACUUUUGAUUCAGAAGCAAUCUUAGACUCAUCACUGUGUAUUAAUUUCCAAACAAUUCAGAAUUUGUUCUUUCUAGUAUCAUUCUUCAAAUUAGCAAAUAAGACUUUCCUUAUGGGAAAGUAAAAGAUUUAUCCUCCCUCAGUAUUAACAUUAGAUUCCAAAUAGUUCCGCCGAUCAUUCUUCAAGUCGCUCAUAUUUCCAUGUUUAACGUACGGAUUCAAUUUCCGUUUCUCUUGUCAGGUUCUCAAUUUAGAAAACUAAUAAACUUUGGUGGUGGUAAAAACCAGAUGAUUCAAUCCUGAUCAUCAAUCUUAAUGAUAGGCCAGUCUGAUAGAUGUUUGACUGGAAAUCGGAACAUUCUCCAUAAAAAAAGAUGGUUAGUAUGGAAAGGUGAUGUAACCUAAUGUUGCUGAGAUAGCGAAUGACAGAAAGUAUAUAAGAUG